AUAGGAUUUGUCGGGCAGCAGUGACAACUGACAACGGGCCUCCUUCACUCCCCUUGCUUGUACUCGGCAAAGUCAUUUACCAGUGAACUCGUUCUGGAUUAAACCUCCCGCUUCUUCUACUCAUUCCAAUUACAAUUUCAUAUUUUCUCUCUCCUCAUUAUCAUCUUCGCAAUCCCCUUCUCUUUGAUCCUCUUGCUUCUGUAAUUAGGGUUUCUAUUCACUUUGCUCCUCUCACACUUAGGCAUGGAGACUCUAUCGCGCUGCUAUUAGUGGUUACUAUAUCGUUAUGGGGCUAAUUAGUCUAAUUUGUACAGUAGCUGAUCGUUAUUGUGCUGCAUUUCAGGGUACAUUUAUAUGUUUUGCCUUUUAAUCUGCAUAAAUUAAUUGUGCAAAGACCUUUAUGCUGUUUUCUUGCUCUGAAAUUAUUCCUGAUUUUGUUACACCCCAAUUUAAUAAUAAUUGAUAUUCAUAUUUUCUAGAAACAUGGACAAAUUGUUAUCUUAUACUAAUACGGUAUACACAGUUUGUUUUGGCAUUUAGCAAGUGCCUAGAAUGAUAUUCAUUCAGCAAUAUGGAAACUUUAAAGGUUUUGUUGGGAUUAAAAUCCGCAAUUUUGAUUUUUAUCCUACUCUUACUUGCUUUAUGCAAUUGUAUUGUUUUUUUUUCCAUUUGCCUGUUACGAAAAUUGCUGUGUGGAUAUCGAUUGCUGAUUUACUGAUUUCAUUCUCUGUUGUGGAUACUCUCUACCUUAUCCCUAGUUAUUUUCCCCUGAUUUUCAAUGAUAAGAAUUCUAUUGUUGGUACAUUAGUCUAUUUUGUACAGUAGUUGAUCAUUAUUCUGCUGCAUUUCAGGCUACAUUUGAUGUGUUUCAGCCUCUUAAUUGUGCAAAGACCUUUAUGCUGUUUUCUUGCUCUGAAAUUAUUCCUGAUUUUGCUACACCACAAUUUAAUCAUUUUUAAUACUGAUAAUUUCGAGAAAAAUGGACAAAUCUUUAUCUUAUACUAACACGGUAUACACAGUUUGUUUCGGCAUUUAGCAAGUGCCUAGAAUGGGGCUCAUAUAAUGUCAGGACCUGCACUGUUGACAAUGAACGCUGUUGCUCAAUUGAGUCGAAGGGUUUUGCAUCCUGCCCCGUUCUUGCAUUUCCUGUCUCGAGCAUUUUGUAAUUGUAGUUUAGAUGGUGAUGGUGAUGGUGUUAAUGCUACGAAUGAUUUUGGCCCUAUUGAAAAAUUGAUUAGGGAGUUUUGGAAAAGUUCUAAAGUUGAUGCUUGUAAAGAGGAUGAUGACGACAGUCGAAUUCAGGGUAGUUUUGAUCUUGAGCUGAAUUUUUUGGACAUUGCACAGAAAAAUGCAGAUAGGGUGUUUGAUGUGUUAAGGCAAGAUGGUCCUGGGUAUAAUAUGAAGUUGGCAUUGGAUGAAUUGAAUGUAAGGGUUUCUGGCCUUCUUGUUAGGCUAGUUCUUUCAAAAAUUUUGAAGAUUAUAAGUUAUGAAAAUAAAACUUUGUGUGCCAAAUUGGCUUAUAAGUUUUUUGUAUGGUCUAGUGAGGAGGAAUACUACAAACAUACAUUGAACGCGUACCAUUUGUUGAUGAAGAUUUUUGCGGCUGCUGAGGAGUUUAAAGCAAUGUGGCGAUUAGUUGAUGAGAUGACUGAGAAGGGCUAUCCAGUAACUGCACGAACAUUCAAUAUUUUGAUUUGUAGUUGUCAUGAGUUAGGGUUGCAAAGAACAAUUGUUGAAAGGUUUAUCAAAUCAAAGACGUUUAACUACCGCCCUUUCAAAAGUUCCUAUAAUGCAAUUUUCGUUUGCCUUCUUAGAAUAAAUCAGCACAAGUUGAUUGAGUGGGUGUAUCAGCAAAUGGUAGCUGAUGGCCAUUUGCCAGACACUCUAACUUAUAAUACACUCAUCUGUGCACAAUAUAGGCUAGGUAAGAUGGAUCAUGUUCAUCGGUUGCUAGAUCAAAUGGGUAGGAAUGGACAUUAUCCCGAUAUUCAUACUUUUAACCUCCUUCUUCAUGUCCUUGGGAAAGGAGAUAAGCCAUAUGCUGCGCUCAAUCUUUUGAAUCAUAUGAGGGAAGUUGGAAUUCAUCCCAAUUCUCUCCACUUCACCACAUUGAUCGAUGGUUUGAGUCGUGCAGGUAAUAUGGAUGCUUGCAAGUACUUCUUUGAAGAAAUGAACAAGAAUGGUUUCAAGCCCGAUGUUGUCAGUUACACUGUUUUGAUUAGUGGAUACAUUGCAGCAGGCGAGCUUGAGAAGGCGCAGCAGCUGUUCAAUGGUAUGAUUGAGGAGGGACAACUGCCUAAUGUUUUUACAUACAACUCUAUCAUUCGGGGACUUUGUAUGGCCGGGAAGUUUGAUGAGGCGUGCUCUAUGCUAAAGGAAAUGGAAAAAAGAGGUUGUAGCCCAAAUUUUCUUGUGUACAAUACCUUAAUUAAUAAAUUGCGAAACAAUGGUAAACUUUCAAAAGCCCAUGAAAUAAUCAACGAUAUGAUCAAGAAAGGGCAAUAUGUCCAUCGCAUCUCAAGAUUUAGGAAAUAUAGAAAAUACUGAGUUGCGGGUUUGUGACAUUGUAACUGUUACUUGAGGUAUUAAUUGAUUUUUACACAUACACCGCUUUCUUGCUUCUAGUGCUCGAUAUAUGUUGAGCGCAAAUGUGAUACAAAUGUGGUUGUAUCAAAUGAAGAUACCAAAGGAGCCCACACAAGGCUGCAUAGGCUGCAUACAGACCACACAGAACAGGUCGUGGUUUCAGAACAACACAACAGCAAAACUAGCGAACAGGCCACCAUGCACGACACGUGGAGACCAAACCUGUGCAUCCAGGACUUGGGCUACAGUGGAAAUGGAAUCUUGGUACUUUGAUCUAGCCAUCAAGGGCCUAGGACGAUGCUAACAAUCCACGUGGAGUCCUAGAAGCUGAGCUGAAGGAGGGCCGCUCGAUAGUUUCCAGAUCAGAAUCUGUCUAAGAGUUUUUUGUUUUCUGUUUUCUGUUUUAAGUGUUUUGUAAUAGCACGUGUCUUUUUAAUGAGGCGUGUACUAAUAUAGCCGUUAUGUUAGUUGAGAGCUCUAUAUAAAGAGAGCCUCACCUGUGUAAUAAACAACUUAUGUUCAACAACUUAUGUUUCAGAUUUAAUCAAAGUAAUAUAAAGGUAUUUUGGAAA